AUGUCGGCCCCGGGGCAUGAUCAUUCAGGAAGCCCCCAUGACAACUUUUCCUCAGACCUUCCCAGUAGACCGAGAUCGUGGUCAGGCUAUCGGAGUCACAGUCCCGUUACCAAGCAUGGAUCCGAGAAGGAAAGGGAUAGCCAGGACGAUGUGUUAAUAGAAAGUCCCUUUACCGAUUUGGGUGUGAGUGAGCUGCUUAGCGCUGAUACGCGACCAACAUUCGUUUGCAAAGUUUCUACCAUUACCAAUGACGUUUUUGAGAUUGUGUUUGCCAACCACGCCUUGAGAUCUGCCGCAAAGCUCUGGAAGGCUGUCAAAAAAACCAGUGGUCCAAAGCAAAUCAUCCAAUCUACCGCACCGGACAUCUGGCCCUACCGGAAAUGGCUCGAGGCUGCUGUCAAGCAAAGUGGCACCCGGCCCGAGCCCAUGUUAUUCUCUGAGUGCGAAUGGAAUGCUUUCGUUAUUGGUGGUGCGUGGUUGGUAGUGGGUGGAAGCCGAUAUUCUCAUGUCCAAUCCCGCUCACCGUCUGUCUCGCCAACUCCAAGUAGUACGUCGAUAUCAUCCCAGGCUGGAUCGGAAACCAUUUCAAACUUGAAAGAGCUCACGCAGCGAGUCAACUCAUUCGAAACCUCUCCUAACGAGACAAUUGUAGCGCCUUCCUAUAUCACACCAGGGACUCCAGACUGGACACUUCCUCACCCCAAAGGUGAUCUUUCACAACAUGUGAUAUUUACUCGUAGUAUUGAUUGGGGGCGCACACCACUGGGAGACAUGAAUACCUGGACUCGAGAGUUUAGACAGGUUGUGAAUUUAAUGAUGGGAAAUCCUCACCCAAUAGCAAUAUUCUGGGGCGAUGAGCUGACUGUCAUGUAUAACAAAGCUUAUGCUGACACCGUGGCUGGUGACAAACAUCCAAGGCUGAUGGGAAUGGGAUUCACAACCGCUGGAGCGUUUCAAGAGAUCUGGGACUUUGUCGGACCUAUCUUCAAUGAAUGUAGAGCCACAGGAAAGUCGGUGGCGGUGUCGGAGCAGAACCUACCUAUGGAACGCAAUGGCUUUCUUGAAGAAACAUUUUACACCUGGUCUUUGACACCAUUAUAUGGCGGUACACCAAACAUAUUAGGUCUCUAUAACGCGCCAUUUGCAACGACCCGCAUGACCCGUGCAGUUCGAGCGACGCAAACACUACUAAAGCUGGGACAGGAACUGAAUAAAGCCCAGAAAAUACCCGAAUUCUGGCAGAGAAUUUUGACGGGAAUUGAGGGCAAUGGAUACGACUUCCCGUUCGCAAUCAUAUAUUCGGUGGCUGAAGAUUCGGACGGGGGCGAUGAGGAUUCAUCAUCAGCAUCCGCAACGUCAAUGGACAUGAAAACUUGCGUUUUGGAAGGUGCACUUGGAGUACCUAAUAGCCACCCCGCGGCACCUAUCCGUUUGGACUUGAAACGAGCCCGUGGUGGUUUCAUUCCUUCGUUUCGUGAUGCCAUGCGUACUCGAGAGCCCAAACUGCUGGAUAUCAACGAUGGCUCACUCGCUGAGUCUCUCCUGGAUGGAAUUGAGUGGAGAGGCUAUGGCGAGCCUUGCCGGUCCGCGGUCGUCUGUCCUAUCCGACCCACUAAUGGGGAAAACGUUAUGGGAUUCCUGGUUAUUGGCGUUAAUCCUCGGCGGAGAUACGAUGAAGACUAUAGCGCACUUAUCCGCUUGCUUGAUCGCCAACUUGCUACAUCUCUCGCAUCUGUGACUCUGUUUGAGGCGGAGAUUCAGCGGGGAGAGGACGCUGCACAUGCCGCCGCAGUAGAGCGAUCUAGAUUAUCAAAGGAGCUUGAGAACCAGCGCACUAGGCUGCAACGAAUGGCCGAAAUUUCGGCAGUAGGAAUGUUUUCCAUCGACCCAGAAGGUCGAAUUCUUGAGGCGAACGACAGAUGGUACGAGAUGACUGGCCAUCCAAGAGCCCAGGAAGAAAACCACAGCAUGAGCUGGAUGGGAGUUAUCCACAACAGCAGCAUUGAACUGAUGAAGAUGGGCUGGGACCGGUUGUCAGUGGACAAGCUACCGUGGAGUGGCGAGCUCCAAAUGAACAGGCCCUGGAAUGAUCCAAAUACCGGCGAUGAAGUCGACUACUGGAUAUUACUUGCUGCUCAACCUGAAUUUUCCAUUGACGGACAAUUUCUGAGUCUGAUGGGUUCUAUUACAGACAUCACUCUGCAAAAGCAGAGUGAGAAAGUUGCAGAUAUGCGUGCUAGAUUUACCGAGAAACUUUUGAUGAAGGAGCAAGAAACGAAGGAUCUUCAGAAGAGACAAUUGCAGGAGGCUGAGGAGAACAGGCGUCGCCAGAAUAACUUCAUCGACAUAACUUCACACGAGAUGAGGAAUCCACUGAGUGCUAUUCUUCAGUGUGCCGAUUCUAUAGCGACCUCACUGAAGGAGACAAUAAGGGAUAACGUGAAAACUGGUAACUCUGUCUCUAGUAUUAUUGAGGCUGCUAUUGAGUCUGCAGAGACUAUCCAGUUAUGUGCCCAGCAUCAGAAGUCAAUUGUGGACGAUAUUCUCACAAUCUCAAAGCUGGAUUCUCAUUUGCUGUUGAUAACGCCGAUGCCCGUUCAACCUAUUCAAGUUGUGAAUCAGACAUUGAAAAUGUUCAAUACCGAGGUUCAGAUGUCCGAAAUUGAAAUGCAGUUCAUAGUCGACGAGUCUUACGUCGAACUGGACGCUGGGAUAGUCAUGCUCGACUCUUCACGACUUCGUCAAGUAAUCGUCAACCUAGUCACGAACGCUAUCAAAUUCACGAAAUCGGAGACUCGACAACGAACUAUUUCAAUUUCUCUCUCUGCCCAUGCGGAACCACCACAUGAUGGUCCCAAAGAUUUCAGAUACUUUCCUACAGAGAAAAGCUGUUCGGAUGUCACCAUCAGUGAAGAAUGGGGUCAAGGCACGGUUCUUUAUCUACGAUUUGAGGUUAAGGAUAGUGGAUGCGGCUUAACAGAAGAGGAAAAGAAGAACCUAUUCACGAGAUACUCGCAAGCAUCUCCCAAGACACACGUCAAGUACGGAGGUAGUGGUCUCGGCCUGUUCAUCUCGCGCCAGUUGACCGAGCUUCAAGGCGGCGAAAUUGGCGUAGCUUCAGAAGCAGGUGUUGGCAGUACUUUUGUAUUCUACAUCAAAGCACGAAGAGCAUUUGGCAAAGACGCUCAUAUACCCCACGAGACGAUCCACCCGGGACCUCAGCCUCUCAACGCUCCGUCGAAACCCCCUGCUUCCCGCGUCAGCUCCGCCCCAGCGUCUCUUACCACAAUGGCUAGUCUAGAAUCAAAUGGCCCAAGCAAAUGGCAUGUUCUUAUUGUCGAGGACAAUCUCGUCAACCAGAAGGUCCUAGCGAAAGGCAUCAAGAAACUCGGUUGCACAGUCCAUGUCGCUAAUCACGGAGGCGAAGCAUUAGAAGUCCUGCGAGAUACCAAGCAUUAUAGUGGGAGAGAAGACGAUGGAAAGGAUUUGACGGUGAUUCUAAUGGAUUUAGAGAUGCCUGUUAUGGAUGGAUUGACUUGCGUAAAGAAGAUAAGGGAGUUGGAGAGGGAAGGGCAGUUGAACGUGCAUCUGCCUAUCAUUGCUGUCACAGCGAAUGCGAGAGGUGAACAAGUAAUGGCGGCGAAAUCUUCGGGCAUGGACGAUGUAAUGCCCAAACCAUUCCAAAUAAGGGACCUGGUUCCUAAGAUCGAAGCUCUUCUUUCUCGCGCCUGA